AUGACAAUUGGUAACAUUCGUGGUCAUUUGGCAUCCAUCUCAAACCAUCACAUCAAAUACAUUUCCAAAAUCGAUUGCUGGACAACUCAACUCGGUGCACGAGUCCGCAUUACUGUGUCAGAGAGUAGUAUAGAUAGGGCACCAAAUGAUACCACCUUAUUUGGCAGACGCUCUCUCCUAAAAUCAGUACAAAUAAACAGAGCAGAGGAAAGGUUGGAGAAUGCUAUUCUGGAGGAAAAAGCAGACUCUAUUCUUGCCGGCUUAAAAAGCCUUUACGACGGUGCGUCAGCCAACCUCACUGGUCUCCAGAGAGAGAAGGAGAAGCUGCUGGAAGAGAAGAAUAUUCUCAUCCGCUCUUACUCCUCCAGUGACGAGGAAACUCGAGAAAUCUCACCUGUUUCUGAUGGUUCACUCAAGCAGCAAGAAAUCGACAGUACUAUUGAAAAGACAAAAAAGUAUCUCUUCAGAACUGAAAGAUGGGGAUGUGUUACAAUCAUCAAAAAGAGAACAGCCAUUACUUUUGCUCACAAUGAACAUCGCACUUUGGAGGUUGGAAACAUUAUCAAAACUUUCUCUAUUGAAAAAGAUUCUCAAUACGAUUUAAAGGUCCGUAAAGUCAAUAUCGAAAGUGACUGGGUUCUAUUGGAAGCAGACGUUGAUUUGUGCGAGGAGGGGCCAAUUUGGGAACCUGUUGUUUAUGGACGUCGGUAUGUUCAGCUAGGCCUUUCUGCUCCUCAUCAAGAAGAUUCUCCAUUUGCCAUUUCAACCGGAGUGAUUCACUCACAGCGUCCGAAUAUUUUGGCCACACUCUUGGGUCGGUGGGAGUGA